AGGAGAUGGGCUAUGACGCCAGCGACACGGAGGGCUAAGCAGGCGCGUCGGUAUUGAUCUCCUACCACCAUCCACCACACAUACACGGCUACUGUACUACCUUGAAGGAAGAUACCACAAGCAUAAUCCAUCAUAUCCUGUUGUCCUUGGCAUGCCUGCUGCGACUGCUGUGAAAGCCGUGACAGUAUCUGACGAUCCUCAAGUAUACGAGGACGAGCACGUCCAUGCCGUCUACGAUGAAAUUGCGCCCCAUUUUUCAUCCACGCGCUAUAAGCCAUGGCCGAUCAUCGCUUCCUUCCUAGCCUCUAUUCCUACUGGAUGGGUCGGCCUUGACUCCGGCACGGGCAAUGGCAAAUAUCUCCUUCUACCAUCCGAUCGUCCAGGCGCUGUUUGGACAGUGGGGCUCGAUAUGAGCAGGAAUCUGCUGGAGAUGGCACAGUCUGCUGGAGGACAACGGAGGGAGGUCGUAUGGGGCAAUGUGCUCGCUAUGUCGUGGAGAGCGGGGGCUUUCGAUUUUGUGAUUUCAGUCGCAACGAUACACCACCUCUCUACACCUGCCCGGAGAAAGCUAGCAGUGCAGCGUCUUCUGGAGUGUAUCUCACCCUCGCAUGGCCGUGCGCUCAUCUAUGUGUGGGCGAUUGCACAAGACGAGCUGUCCAAACGUAACAUCCCCACAGAGGGUUCAAUUUCCCGCGACAUAUCAAGAAAAGGCCAGGAUGUCUUCGUGCCGUGGGUCCUGUCCUCCCAGCCUCAAGCAAAGACAGCAGCCGAAUUGAGAGGCAAACGGAAAGAAGGCAUCUCAUCGAUUAGCCCAUCGCCUGCACUCGCACAGGCAUCGAAAAAUAGCCAGCAAAUGCCGGACACAUUUAAAAUCUUCAAUAGAUACUACCAUAUGUUCGCGCAAGGCGAGCUGUCCGAGCUGGUUCGUGAAGCAGCCAAGGACCUAGGCCUGGUCAUAGGAUGUCCAUCAGACGAGACAGACGUAUGUGAUGGUGAGAAUGUAAGAAGAGGUGUCGAGAUAGUGCAGGAUGGGUGGGAGCGGUCGAACUAUUACGUAGAGUUGCGUUGUUGGCAGCAUUGAUAUACGUAUGCGCGCGAAGUCCCUCUGAACAUUACCCUAUGCAUAACCAUGCUGUCGUGCCGCAGGGCUCUGGCAGCAAAAUAGUGAACGAUGCA